AUGUCUUCACCAUUAGCCGCCUGUGCCGUCGUUUUCUUGCUGUGUCUGGCAUACGUCUGUGGAAAGGCCCUUUACAAUAUUCUACUCCACCCUUUGCGCCAUUUCCCAGGUCCCAAAGCAUGGACUGCAAGCCGAGUGCGCUACGCGAUAUCGAAGAUCGACGGCCGACCACACGAGGAUCUUCUCCGACUCCAUGACAAAUACGGCCCGGUUGUGAGGAUCGCCGACAAUGAACUCUCCUUCAUACACCCCGACGCGUGGAAGGAAAGCAACGGCCACCGCAAAGGAUCGAAGCCCGAAAACGUGAAGGAACCACUUGCGACUGUGGGUAAUGAGCAUAAUCUAUUCGGCGCCAGCCUUGAGGACCACAGCAGAAUGCGCCGUGUCCUAUCCCAUGGGUUCUCGAUGCAGGCUAUCUUGAACCAGCAGCCACUCAUAUCCGUUCAUGUCGACCUGUUCAUCCGACGGCUUCACGAGCACUGCGAAAAUGGUACGUCUCCUGUCGAUAUGGUGACGUGGUAUAAUCGUGUCACGUUCGACAUCAUUAGCGAUCUGUCCUGGGGCCAGCCUCUCGGGUGCCUUGCGAAGCAGCAAGACCACCCUUGGAUCGCUGCUUUGAGUCGCACCGUCAAGCAUCAGAUGUUCCGCGGCCUCGCAAUGCGCUUUCCCCCCUUCUCCCCUUUAUUGAAGGCACUAAUCCCAGAGGAACUCUCUCGCGGGGAGGAAGAGAACUUUGCCCUGGCUGCAGCCAAUGUAGAGAAGCGGAUCGCUGAAGGGGGUUCCCGCCCGGACUUUUAG